CGCAAUUUUAAUAGCGGCACCAUAGUAUUGGCCCUCUCUUGGAAGGAGGAAAGGGUUGACUUGAGCGGAAAACCGAAAACCCAUCCAACCCAACGUUACGUUGCCCGCCCCUGACCGGAAUUAGAGAGUGGAGGCGGACUGUAGAAAAGUAGAAGAGAGGGAGAGGAAGCGGAAAAGAUCGCAAAGCAGAAGCCAUGAAUGCCCCCGAUCGUUACGAGCGAUUCGUCGUCCCCGAAGGCACCAAGAAGGUUUCAUACGAGAGGGACACCAAGAUCAUCAAUGCCGCCUCCUUCAUUAUAGAGAGAGAGGAGCACACAAUCGGCAACAUAGUCCGCAUGCAGCUUCACUUGGACGAGAAUGUUCUGUUUGCUGGCUACAAGCUCCCUCACCCUCUGCAGUACAAAAUCAUUAUCAGGGUGAGUGCGUAGGCUUUUGUUUACAUAAUCUCAGUAGAAUAAGGGCAUGCACCUCCCAGUUGAUCCUCUUCUGUUAUCAUAUUGCUGUUUGUGGGAGAGAAUAGAUGGGUUGACUGUAGAUGAAAAUUCUCUUGGUGCAAAGUUCAGUUCUCAACCCUCAGUCCCAGCCCCCACCUUCAUUUCCGUUGAGAGUUAGAGGGCAAAGUUUCGUUGGACGAUGGUUAAUGUUUAUGUGAGGUGUUCUCUGAGUUCUAGGGUUCUAACCAGCUUGAUGCUGCUUUGUAGAUUCACACCACAAGCCAGUCUUCACCAAUGCAGGCAUAUAACCUAGCCAUCAAUGAUCUUGACAAGGAACUUGACCACUUGAGAUCUGCGUUUGAGGAUGAGAUCGCCAACUAUUCAAGUACUAGGGAGUACUGAGGGAGCCAGAGCUAAAGAUUUGCAGCUAGACUAUAACUGAAUGUUGCUUGAGGAAAAAGUGUGAAAGAUCUCCCAGGACAUUGGAUGUAUUUUGUACGUUAAGCAGCUUGUGCGGAGUAUAGACUGGGACUUAGAAGCUCGUGUUGGAGCUCUGAUGAUGUUUAUGGUGGAUAGGAUCUCCAACGAUACUGGCCCUGAAUGAUCUAUUUUCAGUUCCAUGUUUUCGUCGAUGCCUCAAUUUCUGAAUUUGGUAAAUCACCUGGCAUGCUUGAAUGAAACACAUGCAGUUGUGAUGUUUCUCCAUGGAGUAUGCUUGAGCUCUUGUAUUUAACCGAUGCUUAGCUACCCUGUCUGCUAGGGGUGCU